GCUCCCACCUCAUUAGGCACGGAGCAGGCGGCGGCCGGUGACUCGGGAGGCGGGCAGGCGGCAGGCGGCAGGCGGCGGCGGGCGCGCGCAGCUGCGGCGCUCCGAGCUCGCUGCUCGGGCUCUGGCGCAGGCGGCGGCGGCGCAGGCUGGCUGCAGGGAGGCCGGGACGAAGGCAGGCCGUGGAGGAACGGCGGCCGCAGCAGAAGUGCAAAACCCAUCGGAGGGCCAGCGUCGCCGAGCCGGCAAUGGCAGCGCGAGCCGCUCCGCCACCAUGCCUCCACCACCCGUUCCCACCAUCUCCACCCUCUCAGCGCUCCUCGCUGGCUGCGCCUCCCUCAGCACCGCCGCCGCGCUCCACGCCCACCUCCUCAAAUCCUCCCGCCUCUUCCGGCCCGUCUUCCUUGCCAACUGCCUCGCAGCCGCCUACUGCCGCCUCGGCGCUGCCCCGUCCGCUGUCGCCGUGCUCCGCCACGCGCCGGAGCCCAACAUAUUCUCCCGCAAUAUCCUCCUCGGCGCCAUGCUCAAGUCCCGCGAUCUCCUGUCCGCGCGCAGGCUGUUCGACGAAAUGCCUGACAGGGAUGCCGUCGCCUACAACUCCAUGAUGUCAGGCUACAUUGACGGUGGGCGCAACAAUGAGGCGUUAAGCCUCGUUUGGACGAUGUUGGAGGCAGGCGUCAGGCCUAGCGGCUUCACCUUCUCCAUUAUUUUGUCAGCUGUUCGGGUUGCUCGUCAUGGGGUGCAGGUCCACGCAGCUGCUGUCCGCCACUGUUUUGCACAUCAGAAUUCUGUAGUCGGCAAUGCACUCAUCAAUAUGUAUCGGCGUGUCGGCCUCUUGGAAUAUGCAGUGCAGGUGUUUUGGAGUAUGAAUGGACAUGAUAUUGUUUCUUGGAAUUCCGUCAUGUCAGUGUACAGGGAUGAUGGCCAGAGACGUCAGGUUUUUGAGUGUUUCCGGAUGAUUAGGAGCCAUGGAUUAUUUUUUGACGAGUGCAGUUUGUCCACAGUGCUCAGUGCAUGCAUAGAUGCUGAGGAUUCGUCUAAGGGUGACCAGUUGUUGACCCACUGUGUCAAAAUGGGGCUCCUUAGAAAUUCUCUCAUUUGUAGUGCUGUUAUUGGCCUAUUAUGUGCAUCUGACAGACUUGCUGAUGCUGUUUAUCUUUUCAAAGGAAUGGCAACAUGGGACUCUGAAACGUGUAAUGCAAUGAUAUCAGGCUAUGCUAGGAGUGGAUUAAUGGAGCAAGCUCUGGGUCUUUUCACGAUGGCACUGCAAAAUGGUAUUCUUCCAACUGGGUUUACUUUUGCGAGCGUGCUGAGAUGGAGUUCAUGUUUUGGUUUGGUGGAACAAGGCACUCAAAUUCAUGCCCUGAUUUUUAAACUUGGCCUUGAAGAUGAUUUAAUCAUUGCUACUGCGCUUGUUGACAUGUACUGCAAAUUAGCUUCCUUGAAACAUGCCAAGAAAAUCUUCAGCAGGGUUAGUUUCAAGGAUUUGGUAUUGUGGAAUACAAUGAUCAUUGGUCUUUCACACAAUGGGAGAGGUAAAGAAGCUCUUCAAGUGUUUCGGCAGAUGUUGAAGUGUAAUAUCCAACCAGACAGGAUUACACUUUCUGGUGUUUUAUCUGCUUGUAGCUUUGAAGGUCUUGUAAAUGAAGGAAUAAAAAUGGUUUCCCUAUUUGAAGACAAAUACCAUAUUGUUCCUGGUGUGGAGCACUACACAUGUGUUGUUGACAUGUUAAGCCGUGCAGGAAUGCUUGGAGAGGCAGUAGAUUUUGUAGAGAGCAAGUUGCAAAAAUGUAUUGUUGCUGCUUUAUCCAAUGUUCUUGAGGCCUCAUUGAUCAAAAGGGACUUUCGCAUGGCAGAAUUGAUUGCAGAAAAGAUGACGAAAUUGAAGCCUCGAUCCUCACUACCGUAUGUUGUUCUGGCUCAAUCUUAUGGUGCCAGAUGUAAGUGGGAAAGCAUGGCCAGGAUGUGGAGGUCAAUGGAAGAUCAGGGGUCAAAGGAAGUUCAGGAAUGUAGUUGGAUCUGUACCAAGAAUCGAAUCCAUGUGUUUACUUCUGAACAAAUAUUGCAUCAUGGUAAAGAGGCUACAUAUGCAGUGUUAGAUCUGUUGUUUUGGGACAUGAUGGAACACAGAUAUGCUCCUUGCUGUUUUGAAUUUAUAUCACAAGAAGAGCCCAAUAACAAUGAGACAUCAGCUUGUCAUCAUCAGCUGUUCUGUGAUUAUUCUCCAUGAGGUCCGCCAUGGAUCUUGAGCCGUGCUCAUUGAGGGGAUGCAGUUAGUGAUGGAGUUAGAACAGGACUUAAAGCACUUUUUUUUGCAAGGAGAAGGGCAGUGGAAAUCAGGGCAAGGAGAAAGGAUCUCGCCAUUCCUACCGUCGCACUACAAAUUCAGGAUGUUGCCAAGCCUCAGGUUGGAAUGAAUUGUAGCUGCCUCUGACUUCACUGAACCUUACGACAUGUGGUCAGAAAGUGACGACUGUUGAGCUUGUUGCGUGCCAUACAUCAAAAUGGGAAAAUUGGGGGAAGCAGUAGACAAGUUGCUCUGCUGUGUAUUAAUGAACCAGUUAACAGUAGGCAUGAUGGAAAGAUUCGGGAAAUAUGACGAGAUGCUUGAACCGGGAUAGCCCUCUGCCAUGGGAUAAUUGGAACCUGUGCAGCUGUGCUACUGGUGAGCUCAGGAUAAGGCAUAUGCAGCUAUACGUACGUUGCGAGAUAAAGGCAGAGUCUUCAUCGAGCAUUGAUUCGCCUUUUCACUUGGUCACCCGUGGUGACUACUCUGCUGCCAUGACCCCCUAUCCGGCUAUCCACUAAACUCACUCACCAUGGGUGACAGAGACAUUCAGUAGUAGAUGAACAACACAAGAUAUGGGCCUUCCAGGUCAAUAAUCAUUGAGAACGACAGUACAUGCAGGAGAUAAAUAUGAACUUGUUCCUUUAGAUAAUGGUAUGUGUGACAUGAGUUUAAUAUCUGGUGGAUUCUUUCUUCCUAGCAGAUGGACAGAUUAAGAAAAAGCUGGAGCUGACACGUGUCAGUUUUAGGUGGAGGACGACCUCUGCAGGUGGGACCGGACUAGCAGUGAGAGGGAAAUGGUGAGCCGGUGAGGAUGGCCUGGAGUGGAGCAGUGAGUUUCUGUGCAGUGCAGGGUUUUUGGCUGACAUGGGUUUGCCGUGGCCAAUGUUCUGCCCAGCAGAAGGCAAGAAGGUCUUUAAGCUCGACUUUUUCAACACAGGUCCUCUGCGAAUUUCUACAGGUGGCUACACAAGUUUAAAAUUAUGAAACUUCCAUUGGCUUAGGAGUCACUAAGGAGCACUCAUGAUUUUUUCUAGAAUUUUUAGAACACUACAGAAAUCUGGGCAAAAUUCUGAAGUCCUCAAAACCAACUUAGUUUUUUUAGGGAAUCCUUCGAAAGGGCAGGGAGCCCCUGUGAUGGUUAAUUAACCAGGAGACCAGGACCUUUGAUGGUACAUGGUAGUUCAUAUCUCAUAAUUAACCAUGUUUAGUUUGGUUGUACACACUUGCAGUGAAGUACUCCUACAAUGAUUCAAAUGUGGACAAUUGUAGAAUUUGCCAGACUCUAGUAUUCAUUUAUUGAUUGAUGUAA